AUGACAAUUGCCAGCUGGUCCCGACCCACAAGCUCCACACUCUCAUUGGACGCGGCUUCUAAAGCCGCAAAGCCGCCGCCGCCUAACAAGCUAACAAAGCAAACAACACAAACAAACAAGCAAACAAACAGCCUCGCCAUCGCUGACCAACGGGUUGUUGAGCAGGCGCGCAAACGUCCGACUCAGACAAGCUACCCCCAGCGCGAUGUAAUUUCUGGUCGCGUAAAAGUCAAGGCUAAUGGCUCGUGA